UGUCUGGGAGAAGGGGGCGCCUGGGAGGGGCAGCAGGAGGUGCCAGAAGCAGCCGCCCCAUCCCAGCACAGGGAGCGGGGCCUCUGGGGCUCUGGAUGCUGCGGACAGACCUUCGGACGGACAGACGGUUGGACGCUUGUUCUGGCCAUGGGGCUUGGCAGGGGACAGUCUCCACUGCUGAUGGCACUGUUGCCGCUGCUGACCUGCCUCCAGACAGGGAUGAGCUUGGAGCGCAUCGGCUACGUGCCCCAGCUCUCGAGCGCCACCCUGGGCGGGAGGCUCACCCAGUCCACCUUCACGCUGGAGCAGCCGCGGGGCCAGUUCAGCCACCCCAGCAUCUCCGACUCUGACGCCAUCUGGCUGGUGGUGGCCCACAGCAACGCCACCCAGAAGUUCACAGCCCCACAGAAGGUGGAGGACACCCCGGUCCCUGCUGACUUCCCCCAGGGGGGCUACUACCUCACGCUGAGGGCCAGCCGGGCUCUCUACCCAGGCGGCCAGCCCAGCAACCAGCUCCGGGUCCUUCGCGUCGGCAAUGAUACCCGCUGCUCCCCGAGGACAAGAGGCUGUAACCGCCCGCUGCCGGGCCCUGGCCCCUACCGAGUGAAGUUCCUGGUGAUGAGUGACAGGGGACCCAUGGCUGAGACAGAGUGGUCCAGUGAGACUCACCUGCAGCAAGCCGAGGUGCUCCAGGCUGCCCCAGGGCCCCAGACCGCGGGCACUGUGGUCAUCAUUGCCAUCCUGUCCGUCCUGCUGGCCAUCCUCCUGGCUGCCCUCCUCACCCUGCUCAUCUUCACCUGGUACGACACCUGCGGGAGCACGCCCAUCUCCGGCCCAGGGGAGCUGGUGUUCAUGAGAAAAUAUGAUACCCACCACAUGUCCAGGCCUUCAGCCAUGGGGGGCUCCUGA